AUUGCCAAUCAGAAAACUGGAUCAAAGCUGGCUGCCGUAAAGACACUGCACGGGAGAUGGUGUUACUGUUUAGUGAUCGAAAUCCAGGCUCUACAGUCAAGAUAAGCUGGAGUCAUUGGAAACCUUAUCUCAUCAGCUUGGCUUGUCGCUGCGCAACUGAAGCCAAGCGUCAAAACCUUCAGUGGUUCGCUUUACAGUAUUAUGGAGAGUGUUGGGGAAGCAGUGAGUCUUUAAAAGAACUCUUUCCAAGGUACCCCAUAGAUUCGGAGGACAGAUGUGUUGGUGAAUCUUUCAAGCCUUGCAAAGAAGAGGAUCCUAAGUCAAUGUGCGUUGGACGUGCAUUUAGAGUUUACUUCUACGAAUUCAAAAAACAGCCGGGGAAGCAAGUAUCACAUCAGGGAAUAGCCAGUGGAGGAGGAUAUGGCUGCCGGAGAGCCGUGGAUGUUGCCUUUGUGAUCGAUACGUCCGGGAGUGUAACACAGGCCAAUUUCAACAGGAUUAUUCAAUUCCUUAAGCUGUUUGUGGAUCGCUUUGACUUCCCUGACAGUGGUACAAGAUUCGCCCUUUUGAGGUACGAUCAUCAUGUGUGCAUUGACCUAACUUUAGAAGACUCUGUUUUGUACUCCCUACAUGGGGUCAAAAACAAGGUUGGUGAGAUGCGAUACACUGGAGGUUCUACACUCACACACCUGGCUUUGAAGGAGGUGAAAGAUAAGAUAUUUAAGGGGGCUCCCAGACAUGGUGUGCCCAGGACAUGUAUCCUUAUGACUGAUGGAAUAACGCACGGAGGAAGCCUGGCAGUCAAACAACCCUCUUCAUAUCUGAGGGCCUUAGGUGUUCAUAUCAUAGCAAUUGGUGUCGGUAACGAUGUAGAUUCUCGUGAGCUUGCAUACAUUGCGGAAAAGAACGUGAUACUUUUGACUUCAUUUGAUGAGGUACUGGCAAAGGCGCACCAGACAAUAGAACAGCUUGUCCGCGGAACUUGUGGGACUGGGCACUAGAAGUAAAGCGAAAAGUAGGUGAACAAAGCCUGUUGGUAGCAGCUAUUUAAAUAACGCACACUCUGUUAAUCAAAGUUGGAACAAGCUUCAUUUUCAGUGCUUAUAACAUAUCAAAAUAGAUUGAUUUCAGUUCAUGUGUUUAUGGCCUGAUUUUUUCAGGAUACUGAAGUUGUUGUGCAUUUCAUUAAAACUGUAUGAAUACGGAAUACACUGACUCAAGUAAAAUUUUUGAUUUGUGUUCA